GCAAGAGCUUCACACUAACCAUCACCGUGUCAACGAAUCCACCCCACAUAGCCACCUACAACAAGGCGAUCAAAGUGACUGUCGACGGGCCACGCGAGCCGCGCUCCAAAACCAGGCAACAACAACAAUUCCACUUUGCAUUUGGCCAGCGACCGUUCCACUUCUCCACGGAUCCACUGUCCGGCUUCCGCAUGCCGCCCAUUGGCAAUUGUCAGAGUGCCAGCAAUACGCAUUGGGGCUAUGGAUCGGCGGCGUCUGCCUACUCGCCGUACUUGGCCAGCAGUGGACUCUCCUCCUGCACCACGCCCACAUCCGCACAGUUCAACAAUCCGGCACUGGGCUUCACCUGCUCGUCCAACGAUCAGACCAACAACCAGGACUUUAGUGGCGCCACCAAUCGCGACUGCGUGCCAAUGCUGCCCGACUCGACGGCCAGUGACUUGGACCAGCACCUCAGCAGCCUGGUCGGCUCGACCAGCGGCCAGAUGUCGCACCACAGCCUGCUGGGGGCCAGCGGACAGACGUCCAUAACGUCGACGGUGAACGGGGCGAGCGCCGGCAGCGGCGCCACCGCUGGCAGCGCAACGGGCGCCGGCGGCGGCGGCGGCGGGGCCAAUUCGAUCCUGGUGCCGCGAUACCACACCAACGCGAGCAACGAGUACAAUGUGCAUUCCAGCCAGAACGGGCCGCGCAGCCUGAGCGACAGCUCGCAGGCCGAGUCGCCGGUGCAGGAGGACUUGCUGUCCACCAACACACCCAACCUGGGCAGCGGCACGGGCGCCGGAGCGAGCAACGGCGGUGCCGCCAACGGCGCGGCGAGUGCAGCUGGCGCUGGCAGCGGUGGGGCGGCCGGAGCAUCGGCCGGCGCCGUCAAUCCGGCCAUGCUGGGCGCCAACCAGAACUUUCCGGGCAUUGUGAACCAGGCCCAGCAUGCCUCCGCCUCGGCCUAUGGCGGCGGCGUCGGCGUCGGCGUCGGUGUCGGUGUGGGCGUGGGCGGCGGGCAUGGCAGUGGCGCUGGGGCCACGGCCGCCGGCUGCAACGGCUCGCUGUAUCCGGUGCUGCCGGCCAGCCUGCUCUACUCGCAGCUGUACACGGCCGCCAAUCAGUCGGCGCACGGCUUCCACUCGCACACGCUGCCGGCGCACGCGUCGCCCAACUCGUCCGUGCACGGCGAGCUGCAGAGCGUCAUGGAUCACAUCAGCAACGUGGGCGUGCGGCAGCAGCACAACAUCAUGGCCGGCGGGGGCGUGGCGCACCCGGGCGACCUCACGCUGAUCGGCAACUGCGGCGCCUCGGUGCGCAACAUCGAGGAUGGGAACACCAACCGGCAGGUGGCCGCGCUCGCUGCCCAUCGCGGCCACCACAACCCAACCGACAACGGGGGCAGCGUCUGGAGGCCAUAUUGAGGUCAGGUUCUGUGGUGCGGCUCCGCAGUUCUUUAGUGCCACGAGCACGACGAGGGGCGAGCGGCGGAGAAGCAGCACGAGCCACUGCAAGGCAACGACAAUGGGA